UUUUUGUCUGGGUAACUGUGUAACUUGUCUUGCUGAACUUUCAUGUUGAUCCUGUUGAUCGCGCCGAUCGCACCGACGCUGACCUGGACUUAACAGGCCACUAGUGACCGCCAGUGGACCAUCGUCUUACCUGAGCAAGGGCUUUCAUUUUAAUCCUGUUCGUGGCACCGAUCAACGAUUGGGAAGCUAAUUAUUCUGCUGUUACCGAUGCUGCUCUGGAUUUAACAGCCUAUUAUUUAGAGCGAAGGUACUUUUAAAAACAAGGAGCUGUCUGUUGGAAGCUACACUGACAGAUAAAGAGGAAGAAGAUAGUUUCGACCACAGGAAGGCUGUGUUGACAUUUCUCUGGAACUGGUUCUCUUCCGGAUGUGGACUGUCAGAUAGACAGGCGUUGUCCAAGAAAAAAAGAGGUCCUGCAUAGCUGUUUUUAUACGAUUCAUGUUUAGUUUUAUGUAUAGUCCAAGUCGUAUGCAUAACGAUAUGAGGAUUGCCUGAAGCCAUGGGCUCACAUCAGCCAGUUCAAGUACCACUGGGCCAGGGCGUCAUCCUGCUGUGCCUCAGGAGACCUUCACUCGAUGUGAGGACUUUAACAGUGGAGUGGAGACUCAAUACAAAGUGGGUUCACUUUUACAGAAGCAGGAAGCGAGAUCCCAAUCUUCAGCACAAGGACAUCCGAGUCUCUAUUCCAGGCUGAAACGAGCAGAAGAAAUUUUUCACUAAAACCUUUCUUGGUAAACACUGCAGGCCUACAUGUUUUGUUUAUUCCUUUAGAGCUGUUGUGCUUUCAGUUACCCACUGGAGGUCGAUGUAGACCUUUAGUGAGUUUUGAAAAGUGACAGACGAAUAAGUGAGUGCAAGUGUCUUGCUCUCUUUCUCUUUCUUGCUCUCGAUGUUUGGAUUACCUGGGUUUGCCUAUAACAAACAAGACAAGAGUCAAGUCAGGAAAGGAUAUAUCAUCUUCAUUGUUGUCUCUGGAGAAAGCAUCGUUUCAAUUCUCGGAGAUCCCGUCGAGUUUUCAGCAACUGAAAACUGCAAGCAAAUAGGAGCCCGGCUGGUGCACCGGCUAAAAGACGACAGCGCUCGGCUGGUGGCUCAUCGAGAUGCUGCUGCCUGGAAGCCGGCACAAGGUUAUGAAGACAAGAUGAGCCCAAACGAGUCUGUCACCUUCAACAGUUCAAACAUGAACGACGACGGGUUGUAUGAGUUAACUUGCGACAGCGAGGAUGAGACACGGAUCCAUCUUUAUGUUGUUAAAGCCUUCGAAGUAUCUCCGAUCUUGGGAGACAAUGUGAAAUUUCCUUUUCACUACGUGACCGCAGGAGAAAAUGGGAAGUAUAGGUUGGAAAGAAACGGAGAGCUUGUGUUUGAGCUGGACCUCUCCUCCGAGAAGAACAUGGGCCUAAGUGGGAAAGGUUCUGAGGGAAGAGUGUCUGUGUCACCUGAGUGGAAGUCGCAGGGAGACCUGUCGGUGACUUUGAAAGGGGUUAAACAGGAGGACGAAGGUGAUUACUUUAUCUACAUCCUGGAUAAAGACUGGAAGAAAACCCGAGGAAAGCCUGCUGCUGUGAGGAUGAGGUUCAACAAGAGGAAGCCGGACCAGACCACCUCCAAACCGCCGCCUGGAUCUGUGACGACACCGCCGAAAAACCCUGAAAAAAAUUGGACUGUCUGUAUAACAGUACUAGUGGUGUGUUUGACUGCCUGCAUACUUUCGGGGGCUGGGAUCUGUUGGUGGCUGAAAUCCCGCAAAUCAAAUGGACCUGUGAAGAUGGGACUUUUAAAAGGGAGGCACGCUGCUGGUUCACACGUUAACGGAGACUCUUCAAGGCUGGACGCAAAUGGUUAUUGAGGGUGUUUUCAAUUUCAUGAAACGGUGGUUGUGAAUACCUAAUGAAUGAAUUAUCUUAUUGCACAA